CCAGGCACCACCAACAGCCGCUAUGGGCAAGGGCCGUCAGAUCCUGGGCUCGGUGGCUGCCAACGGCUUCCUGACGGCGUACGGCCUGCUGGAAGGCUACACGACGCCGGCGCUGCCCCAGCUGCGGCGCAGCGGCUCGGGCCUCGCCGUCAGCGACGAAGAUGCCUCCUGGAUCGGCAGCAUCUUCCUGCUGGGUAUCGCGCUGGGUACGCCGCUGCAGGGUCUGAUGCUAGCGUUUGGCCGGCGUCGCUCGCUUAUGCUCGUCUCGCCCGUCAUGUGCUUGGGCUCGCUGCUGAUGACGUUCCCCACCAGCGUUGAGAUGCUGCUGGCCGGCCGCUUCCUCAACGGCCUGGGCAUGGGAUCGGUGCUUCCAAUGGCGCACAUCUUCAUCAGCGAGACGGUGGCACCAGAGCUGCGCGGCGCGCUGGUCGGCUCUGGCAUGUUCUGCAUCAACGUCGGCCUCAUCGCUGUCUACAGCAUGGGCUUCUUCCUGACGUGGCAGCAGAUCGGUGGCGUGAUCGCCACCUUCUACGGCCUGUACCCGCUGGUGCUGUGGCGGCUGCCGGAGACGCCCAACUGGCUGGCGACGCACAACCGCGACGAGGAGGCACACCGCUCGCUGCUCUUCUACUCGGGCGACCAGGGUGCUGAGGCCGAGCUGGCGCGUAUUAAGCAGCGCAGCCUGGCACACAACCCAGACCUGCCGCCGCUCGGCGAGGUGCGCCAGCGCGCCUUCUACAUGCCGCUCAUCAUCAGCAUCACUGUCACCAUCUGCAAGGCCACCUCCGGCACGCCGGCCAUCCACCUCUAUAGCUACGACAUGUUCCUGGCCGUGGGCGGCAACGCCGACCCACUGCUGGCGUCUGUGGUGAGCACGGCGCUCAGCUCGGUCGGCUCCGUGUUCGCGUUUGUGCUGAUGGACCGCGCCGGCCGCCGGCCGCUCUUCAUCCUGGCCAUGUUCACGUGCGGCGCCUGCUGGGUGACGAUCGCGCUCGCCGCCAUGUUCAUCCGUGACCCGAUCGCCACCGACUGGGUGGCCAUCCUCGGCUUCUCGGUGGCGCUCUUCGUCUACAACAUCGGCAUCGGCCCGGUCGGCAUGGUCAUCAUGGGCGAGAUGAUCCCGCUGCGCUACCGCACUGUCAUCUCGCCAGUCCAGUCAAUGAUCAUGUGGAUCUCCAGCUUCGCCAUCGGCAAGACGUUCUUCCAGCUGCGCGAUGGCUUGCACUUUUACGGCCUGUGCUUCCUCUACGCCAGCACGUGCCUGCUGUUCACGCUGCUCGGCUACCUGCUCGUGCCCGAGACCAAGGGUAAGACGCUGUCCGAGAUCGAGGAGCUGUUCGAGAAGCGUGCGCUGCCCGCCAGCCGCAAGGCGAGCGUCGAGUACGGCGUGUUGGGCAACGGGGAGACGGUCGGGGUCAACGCGGCGCCGCGGCCGCCCGCGUACGGCACCGAGGCGACGCUGCCCCAGGCUACCCUGCCGACCCACGACAGCGGCGGCGACGGGGAGAGGGUGACGCAGACCGCGUGACCGGCGCACUGUAGGAGGCGGCCAUGGGCGGGGCUGUUGCAGGCUGCACGACCGCCACGUGGCCGAACGAAGCUAUUUAGACAACGUUCACACAUGAACGCUAACCCACGCUGCGACGCUGUCCGACACACUGCGCACUCUGCCCGUUUCAUUACAGAACGCUCUUGACGUCACAGGUACCCCGCAAGCACGGCACGGGUCACCCCGAAACCUGACGUCACAGGUACUCCACAAGCGCGGCACGGGUCACCCCGAAUCCUGACGUCACAGGUACUCCACAAGCGCGGCACGGGUCACCCCGAAACCUGACGUCACAGGUACUCCACAAGCGCGGCACGGGUCACCCCGAAUCCUGACGUCACAGGUACUCCACAAGCGCGGCACGGGUCACCCCGAAUCCUGACGUCACAGGUACCCCACAAGCGCGGCACGGGUCACCCCGAAUCCUGACGUCACAGGUACCCCACAAGCGCGGCACGGAUCACCCCAAAUCCUGACGUCACAGGUACCCCACGAGCGCGGCACGGAUCACCCCAAAUCCUGACGUCACAGGUACCCCACAAGCGCGGCACGGAUCACCCCAAAUCCUGACGUCACAGGUACCCCACGAGCGCGGCACGGAUCACCCCGAAUCCUGACGUCACAGGUACCCCACAAGCGCGGCACGGAUCACCCCGAAUCCUGACGUCACAGGUACCCCACAAGCGCGGCACGGGUCACCCCAAAUCCUGACGUCACAGGUACCCCACAAGCGCGGCACGGGUCACCCCGAAUCCUGACGUCACAGGUACCCCACGAAUGCUGCACGGGUCACCCCAACUGCUGUAAAAAGGUACAAUCUUGCCAAUUAGGAUGCUCUCAGUCGUACAACGUAAUAACCUAGCGCUCCAUACGCUAGCUGGGAACGAUGAGCUUGCUCUUUAGAGAACAUGCCGACAUCGAACCGUUACGUUAAUACAUUGCCAAUAGGCGAGGAGACC